AUGGCUGAACCAAUCGCUAUCGUCGGCAUGGCUUGUCGCCUGCCUGGAGAGAACUUCUCGCCCUCACAGUUCUGGGAGUUUCUCAAACGCGGUGGCCUUGCUUCCAGUGAGGUCCCUGAGUCUCGGUUCACUAUUGAUACUCAUUACGAUGAGACGCGAAAGCCUCACUCCAUGAGAACUCCUGGUGGCAAGUUCCUCGAAAAGGUCGACUUGCGUGACUUCGAUGCCGGCUUCUUCAAUAUAUCUCCGGGUGAGGCAACGGCCAUGGACCCGCAGCAGCGCUUGCUGCUGGAAGUCGUUUAUGAGUCACUGGAGAAUUCUGGUAUCUCUCUUAGUACUGUGAACGGGGCACAGGUGGGUUGCUUCGUUGGGUCAUUCCUCUCCGACUAUGACUACAUACAAGCCCGGGACCCCGAUAACCGGCCAAACUUUAUCUUGACUGGCAUCGGGCGUGCGAUUUUGAGUAACCGUAUUAGCCAUGUCCUGAACCUCAAGGGACCCAGUAUGACAAUUGACACUGGCUGUUCGGGGAGUUUGGUAGGCGUCGACGUGGCGUGUCGAUAUCUGAGUGCUGGGGAUGUGGAUUCUGCCAUCGUUGCAGCAUGUAAUCUCCCAGAACAUACCACUGACCCAAGUUCGACGGGUGCGAUUUAUACUGGGACUGGACAGUGCCACACGUUCGAUGCGAAAGCCGACGGAUAUGCCAAGGCAGAGGGAGUGGGGUCGGUAGUACUGAAGCGCCUCAGCGAUGCCAUCCGUGACCGCGAUCCCAUCCGUGGCGUCAUUCGGGGAUGGGCUGUCAACAGUGAUGGCCAGACCGCAGGAAUUUCCACACCGGAUGCCGUGGCGCAAGCCGAAUGUAUCCGUGCUGCUUAUGCAAAGGCUGGCAUCGAGGAUCGUAGUCUAACACCGUACGUCGAGUUUCACGGCACGGGCACGAAGAGAGGCGAUCUGACCGAAGUGGAAGGCAUAAAUCUGGCCUUUAAUCCCGCAGAGAACAGAGAUCAACCUCUGAUGAUUAGCUCCGUCAAAAGUAAUAUCGGACACGGUGAAGCAGUGGCCGGUAUGAAUGGUCUUCUCAAGGCCAUCUUGACGGUUGAGAAUGGCAUGAUUCCUGGCAACCCGACAUUUCUGGAGCCCAGCCCACUGAUCGACUUGAAAAAAUUGAAUCUACAUGUCAGCAACAGGGCCACCCCUUGGCCGCAGGAUGCUCUGCGGCGUGCCAGUGUCAAUUCGUUUGGCUACGGAGGUACCAACUGCCAUAUCGUACUAGACGGGGCCGAUAUGUGGAUGGGACCUUCGGGUCCGUUUCAUAAAUCGUCGUACAGCUCAAAUAAGGGAGGUCUCAUGUUGGAUGACGACAGUGAUGACGAGGACGGAACCGAGUUCAAGCGACCCUUCCUGCUUGUGCAAUCCGCUAGCGAUGAAUACUCCCUAAAGAAUAACUGCACGGAGCUGGCCCGACACUUUUCUAAAAUCAAUGUCAAGGCUGAGCUACGGGACGUGGCUUAUACGCUGUCGGAGCGACGGAGCCACCACAUGCACCGGGCCUUUGCCAUCACCGAUCGGUUGCAAAUCAGCGAGAAUGACUUUGUGCAUGGCAAAGUCGAUGUGCAGUUGCCUCAUAUUUGCUUUGUCUUCACUGGACAAGGAAGCCAGUGGCCACAGAUGGGCAAGGAAGUCCUUCAGACAUUCCCCGUGGCCGCUGAUACUAUCAAGGAGCUGGAUGCGGUCCUACAAACACUUCCGGAGGCCCCCUCAUGGAAGCUCUUGGACGAACUCACCGAGUCACGAGACGGCAGCCAUAUCCGUCAACCGGAGCUAUCACAACCAUUGGUGACCGCUCUUCAGCUGGCGCUGGUUGACCUGUUCCGCAGCAGUGGGAUAAGUCCCAAAGGGGUUGUGGGUCAUUCUUCUGGAGAAAUUGCGGCAGCCUACGCGGCCGGAUACGUAUCCAAAGCCGACGCCAUCAAGAUUGCUUUCUACCGGGGUUAUGCUGCCAAGGUGCACCCCAUGAAUUCGGUCGGAAUGAUGGCAGUAGGACUAGGCCCUGAAGCAGUGCAGCCAUACAUCGAGAAACACCAGGAUCUGGUCCAGAUUGCCUGCAUCAACAGCCCUCAGAGCGUCACACUAUCUGGGCGUACCGACGGGCUGGAGGCUGUGAAGGAGCCUCUUGUCGCAGAUGGCCACUUUGCGCGCCUGCUGCAGGUGGACCUUGCGUAUCACUCGCGCUUCAUGACGGAGAUCGGCGAGUCCUACCACUCCCUCCUGCUGUCAAAUAUCGCGUGCGGUGAAACUGGGACCGAUACUACCACAAUGUUCUCCUCGGUGACCGGAUCACGCAUGGAGGCCAUCCCCGACGCGACUUACUGGAAGCGGAACAUGGUGUCCCCAGUCCUCUUCUCAGGCGCCGUCCAAGAGAUGGUUAAUGCCCACCGGGGUAGCAAUUUCGUCGUUGAGAUUGGCCCCAGCGCCACGCUAGCGGGGCCGAUUAAGCAGAUCACCGAGAGCGUGACCCAGGCUGGCAUUAACGUCAGGUACGCCGGACUGCUCAGUCGGAAAGAGGGCCUGCUACCACUCUUCCGGACGGUGGGCAAUCUGUACAACUCAGGCGUGUCCAUUAAACUGGACUCGCUCAAUCGGACGCGCGAUGACGAGACUACGAAGCCGGCGGUGCUUGUGGAUUUGCCCAACUACUCCUGGAACCACACCACCAAAUAUUGGUAUGAGACCCGGCCCAGUCGCGACUGGCGUUUCCGCCGGUUCCAGCAUCACGACUUAUUGGGGAGCAAGAUCCUUGGAACGGCGUGGCAGUCGCCGUCAUGGUCCAAGAUCCUGCACCUCCGUGAGCAUCCUUGGUUGAAGGAUCACAGAAUUGGCGACGAUAUUGUGUUCCCGGCGGCCGGAUAUGUCUCUAUGGCUAUGGAGGCCCUGUACCAGGCCAAAGUGGCCACUGACGCAAUCCAGACCCAAGAUCGUAAUGAGUUACAGUACCAAAUCCGGGACCUACGUUUGACCAAGGCGAUGGUAUUAGAUGAAAACUUACCCGCAGAGAUCCAGCUGGUGCUGGAGUCGCAUAUUUCACCAAAUGGCCCCUGGUCCCGUUUCAAGAUCUCCACAUUGAGGGACGAUGUUGCGGACGUAAAUUGCACCGGAUUGAUUCGCCUAGAUCAGGGCGCGCCAGCGGCUGUACCACCCCAAGACCUAACGAUGAGGGGCGCCCAGACCCAAGGGGCCUUGUGGUACUCGAGCCUGACAAAUGCGGGCCAGAACUACGGGCCAGCGUUCCAACGCAUCAAAGGGGUGAAGUCUCUGCCAGGGGUUCAGCGAACAGUAUCAGAGCUGCUCAUCCGGGACGAGGAGCAGGAGAAGGGCCAGUCGUCUUAUCCCUUACAUCCCGCCCCCAUGGACACGAUCUUGCAGUGCAUACUGACCGCUAUCUGGCAAGGGGACCGCACGUUAAUUCCGGGGCCUGCGGUCCCCGUGCAAGUCGACUCCUUUACUAUCUUUCCUAUGGCUGGAUCCUCCCCUUACGCUACUUGUGUGGCCACUUCCGGCUACAAGGGUCAUGGCCGACCUACAGAUCCCCAUAGUCUCAAAAGCCAUGCAUAUCUGCACGAUUCCCAGACAGGCGCGAUACUGGCGUCAAUCGAAGGCAUGGUUAUUCAGCCGCUGGGUAGCUCUGGGAUCAACCGGGUAGAUACGUCUCCUGUAGCACCAGUGUGGCGCCCCGAUGUGUCACUCUUGCAGGACCCAGCUCAAAGCCCCAGAGCCACCAUGGAGAUGCCGACAAUGGAGGUGCAGGCCUUGAUCGACCUAAUCACCCACAAAACUCCCUUCAUGAAUGUGGUCGAGGUCAACCUCACGCAGGUAUCGACCAGCCUCUGGCUUGGAGGCGCCGAGAGCAAACGGAACCGUAAGUUCCGUGAUUAUCGCUUCUUGCUGGGCCAUAGUGGUGCGGCUGAAGAGGCUCGUGAGCAGCUGGCGGACCGAGGCGUGCGGGUCGGAUACAUUGACCCGGCCAGCUCCAAGCUGGGGACGGUCUCGGGUGAAAUCGACCUGCUCAUCAUUCACUACGAAUCAGAUACCCAGCUCCAGACAUUGCAGAAUUUGGUCCCCGACGCCUUGAAACUUAUUUCGCCCAACACCGGCACUGUUUUACCAGUACAGAAACUGACUCCCCAUGCCCUGAUGAAUGGUAAUACUCCCACAAAGCCCUCAGAGGUCCUUGAUCAGAUCCUUCAAGCUGCCAGCUACACCGCAGUUCUGACUGCUGGGGAUCCAGCUGGCGAGGCCAUCCUGUGGCGAGGCUCCAAUUUGGCCCUCAUUCCAGAAAAGACACGCACAGUUGCUAUUGCGCGGUUCCGAGGGGACGCUCUCCCGUUGGGGUCCUUGGCCAAGGCCCUUGGUAGGUACAACUAUGACUUCCAGGAGCACUUCUAUCCGUUUGCCGAAAUCCCCACGGACGCCAUAGUCCUGGUUGUUGAUGAAGUCCAAUCCGCACUGCUCGCUGAGGCAACGGACAAGAUCUGGAACGGAUUCAAGACACUUGUGGAUAGACACUGCCGCAUGGUCUGGGUGACCCGAGGUGCCCUGGUCCAGGUCAGCAAUCCAACGAACGCGGUCAGCCAUGGUCUGCUCCGUACUGCUCGUCUGGAGGACCCGUCUCAAGCCAUUAUCAACCUUGAUAUCGAAGGCGACCUAGGGUCUGCCGCAGGAUGUGCAGCCAUCGUGGAGAUGCUCUUCCGCGUGGAGCAUCUAGAGCGUGCCAAGGCCGCCGAUUGUGACUUCGCCGAGCGCGGUGGACUGCUCCAUGUUAGUCGGCUCGAAAAUCAAUCCGCCAUUGAGGGCUUCCAUGAGCCCCUGGGCGGCUCCCAGCCAUUGACGGAGCUGAAGAUGCACGAGUCCGAUUCCAUUAUCCGUCUGCAGACUGGGACCGUCGGGUCUAUUGAAUCCCUGCGUUACGUUCAGCUCCCUUCCAAUCUGUCAGAGCUAUCAGAGGAUAAGGUCGAGGUAGAGUUGUACGCCUCCGGUCUGAACUUCAAAGAUAUCGCCAUCUCCAUGGAACUGGUUGAUGAGGAUGAGCACAUGCUCGGCAGUGAGGGCGCAGGCAUUGUCCGCCGGGUUGGCCGCAAUGUCUCGGGCCUCCGAUGCGGCGAUCGAGUCGCGGUGAUCUCGCAGGGCUGCCUUGCCAACCGUAUCCAGGCUUCUCCGUCCAACGUUAUCCGCAUCCCCGAUAGUAUGUCCAUGGAGGCAGCGGCUUCAGUUCCCGUCGCUUACUGCACGGCCGUCUUGUCACUCCUCCAUCUGGCCAGUCUGAAGAAAUCCCAGUCCGUUUUGAUUCAUUCCGCCACAGGUGGUGUUGGAUUUGCGUGUAUCAAAUUGGCGAAGUAUAUUGGUGCCGAGAUAUUCGCGACUGCUGGAUCGGACGAAAAGAGGAGCUAUCUGCAUGAGGCCCACGGCAUUCCAAAAAGCCACAUCUUCUCCUCUCGAGACUCGUCCUUUGCUUCAGGCAUCAUGAAUGUCACAAACGGCAAGGGCGUCGAUGUUGUGAUCAACACUAUGAUGGGAGAGAUGCUGGAGCAUUCCUGGCGUAUCUGCGCCCAGGAUGGUGUCCUCGUCGAGCUUGGAAAAGCCGACAUCCGGUCUAAGGGUUAUUUGUCUCUCGAGCCUUUCGACCGCGGUUGUUCGUUCCGAGCCCUGGAUCUGACCCUGGCCUUGGCUCAACCUGAGAGGGUUAGCAGCGUCCUACGAGAAGUCUUCCAGCUCAUCGAGGCUGGUCAUGUGCCCCCUGUCGAGGAGCGGUCGGUGUACACAUAUGACAAGGUCAAAGAUGUCUUCGCGCAAAUGCGGUCGUCCCGUCAUUUGGGCAAGCUAAUCCUGUGCAAUGGUGAAGGCCAGGACUGUGUCGUACCCGUACAGACAGCCGUCCAGCAGCCAGCCAUUCGAAAGAAUGCCUCCUACCUGAUUAUUGGAGGCCUGCGCGGAGUCUGUGGUCGCUUUGCCAUCUCCCUGGCGCGUUGGGGGGCCCGUAACUUGGUGGUCAUGUCGCGCUCCGGUUUGGGCGAUGAAAAGUCCCAAACCAUCAUCGAGGCUUGCCGUCGCUUGGGCUGUACUAUCGAAGACAUCCACGGCAACGUCCUGUCGCCGACCGAUGUUGGUCGUGUCUUCGACACAGCUCGACUCCCCAUCGCUGGUGUCAUCCAAGGUGUCAUGGUCUUGAACGAUAAGCCUUUGGAAACAAUGACCCUGGAAGAGUUCCAGAGCACUUUGUCUGGUAAGCUCCACGGAACGUGGAACGUUCAUCAUGCCGCAGUUGAGCGCGGAUUGUCCCUGGACUUCUUCAGCAUGUUGUCCUCUAUUCUCAGUGUUAUGGGACAUGUUGGGCAGGCCAACUACGUUGCUGGCAAUAUCUUUCUGGAUGCCUUCGCCGAGUACCGCCAGAGCCUGGGCCUCCCGGCGCACAGUAUCAACCUCAGUGCUGUCGAGGAUAUUGGGUAUAUCGCUGAAAACCAGGGUAACUGGCAACGCCAUCUUCCACUGAACGACAUUUCCUUGAUCCGCGAGAUGCACUUGGAAUCCAUCCUUCGAGACUCCAUUCUCCAACAGAUGGAUCCAAGUCAGAAGCGCCCUGGAAUCACCCAACUCGUUGUGGGGAUGCGCGAACGAAUCAACACAGACUCCCAAUAUGCCCGAGACAACCGAUUCCUCCCUCUCAUCGCGCAAGGAGACGAGGGGGGUCGCGCUGACGGCCCAGGGGGGGGCAGUGGUGAGUUGGCUAAUUUCAUCGAUGUGGCUACCUCAGCUAGUGACCCGGCCGCUGUGGUCGGUCAUGCGGUCAAUCUCUUCAACAUCCAGUUGACCAAAUUCUUGCAUUUGGCCGAGCCCAUGGAGCCCUCGAAGCCGCUGGGCGCCUACGGUUUGGACUCGCUGACUGCGAUGGAAUUUCGGAACUGGCUGCGUGAUACUCUGGCUGUGGAAAUGUCUACUCUUGACAUCGCUAGUGCUGGGUCCCUUUACUCUUUGUCCGAACGCUUUGUGUCCAAGUUCCUGGCCGCGCGUAAGGAGUAA